CUUAGUGGCCCAACCAAGCUGUGCCAAGGACCGUAGGGAAAAAACUCUCGGAUAAAAGGAGACCAAACUCGACACAUGUAUCGUACCGCAAUAGUCAAAAGCUCCCCACUGCUGGCUGCCUAUUAGCGCAUAGCACCUGAUAACAGGACAUGCCCGCCCCGGACCGUUAGCUAUAAUGGCGUAUAAAAGUUUGAGCGUUCUCAACGACAUCGCUCAAAGACGAUGUUCUUUCGUGCUUUUUCGAUCUUGGCCAUAGUCGCUUUCGCAUCUGUUCUUGCGUCUCCCAUACCUGAUCAGGAGACUAAGGCCCUUGCAAAGCGUGGAUCGGUCCUUUCCGGACAGUGGGAUACUGAAUCUGAGGCUGGCGGACGCUUUAUCCUGGAAAACAAUUUGUGGGGUAUGAGUGCUGCCACUAGCGGUUCGCAGACUUCCCAAGUUACAGCAACAAACGGGAAUACGACCACCUGGCAUACAACGUAUACAUGGCAAGGCGGAAACUUUAAUGUGAAGAGUUUCGCAAACUUGGACUUACGAGUUGGUCUUGGUAAAACCAUCUCCUCUAUCAGCUCUAUCCCUGUUACUUGGACGUGGAGCUAUAGCAGUGCUUCUUCUGGUCUGGUUGCGGAUGUCUCCUACGACCUUUGGCUCUCAAAUGUCGCUUCUUCUGGUGGCGCCUCGUCGACCUCUACUUUCGAAGUCAUGAUUUGGUUGAGCACUCGUGGAGGAGCCGGACCGGCGGGCUCUCAGAUUGGCACAGCGACUAUCAACGGUAUUACAUGGAAACUGUUCCAAGGCACUGUCUCGACUUGGACUGUCUACUCGUUUGUAGCUCCCAGCGAGAUCACGAACUUCAAAUCUGAUCUCAAACCAUUCCUGACCUAUCUUACAUCGAACCGUGGUGUUCCAUCGUCCCAAUUCUUGGUUCAGGCUCAGGGUGGCACUGAGCCUUUCAUUGGUUCCGCUACGUUUAGCACAAGCGCGUAUGCUAUCUCAAUUAACUGAGUGUUUGGUUCCAGAAUUUACGCAUCUAUGGCAAUCGACCAAAAUCACUCUGGAUCCGGGCCGAAGAUGGUUGGAGAGGCUGUAGAAUGAAAACAUGAAGGGUGGGAGGACAAGCAGGUCUUGCGGAGGAGGUGCAAAAAAGAAAUUGGAACGACAUGAAGUUCGCGUCAGCCCUGCCCAGUUCUGCCAACGCGAAGAUCUUGGAACGACUAGUAGACAAGUUACAACUAAGAAGGAUGCGAAAACUACAUUCUUUUUCUGUUCAAUGUCUGUUGACGAUACACUCACCGCCGUAUCUACAACAUCAACUCUAGAAAAACAAUGAUUAAUCUGAUUAUAUCGGCAUCGGAAAAAGGCGC